GGAAGCGAAACCUACAAAACACUAAAAUAUCACAAUAUUCCAGAGAUACCGGAAAAUGUGCAGUUUUUCACCGUAAAAUAGUUACUUUUUGAUACAGUUUUUUCGAUUGAACAGUGAAAGAAAAGACGUUAAAACGGCUCCCCAAAGGAUAUAUCCCGUAAAACCAAUGCAUUUAGCGGCGGAUGCCGUUCGCCAAAGGAGAAUUAUCUUAAGACUAGAGUCCACGGAAUCAGAAGAUCACUUUAGUCGGUGUAUUUGUAUCUCACUUCCAGCGCCACCAGACAUUAAUAUACCAUGUCGCUGCCACGAGAGUUUAUUUUUAACAAGGAGCUGUCGGAGUUGGAAGGCCAGCUGCUCGGAACCUCAGCGCCGCCUAUGUCUCAAGCGCCAAUUGCCUGCUCCAUCGAAAUGGCGGCAGACCCCAUCGCGGAGGUCCUAUCUCCAGACAACGCGGGCUCACUGCUGUCAAUACAGUCUGCACCGCCAGAGCCAAGCGAGCGAAUGGAGCCGCGAGAGCGUCCAGCCAGCUUGCUACUCGAACUGCCGUUAGCCACUCAAGUCGGCGCAUAUUUAUCAGCCAUGUCGCCGACAGACCAGGAGGAGGACUCGCUGCUGACGCUCUCCUCGGUGACGGCACGACCUCUACUUGCGGCGUCGAGGAAACUGAGACCACAUGACAGUUCCGCUGAUAUGUCGUCACCACCAGACGGUGGCUACGGCUGGGUGGUAGUGUUCGGCGCUUUCAUGGUCCAGUUCUGGGUCGCCGGGCUGUUCAAGUCCUACGGAGUUCUUUACGUGGAGAUCAUGGAAACCUUCCCCGACUCCUCAGAGAGUGUCGCCUCCUGGAUACCCGCUGCGCUUUCCACUUUGUGCUUGGCCUUGGCUCCUCUAUCUUCUGCUCUUUGCGAGAAGUACUCCUGCAGACUGGUUGUGUUUAUCGGAGGUCUGUUCUGCGCCACCGGUCUCGCCGUGUCUUACUUCAGCACAGGGUUGCUGCAUUUGCUGCUGAGUUUCGGUGUUAUGACUGGAAUUGGCGGAGGUCUCUCAACGACACCAGGAAUAGUCAUAGUAUCGCAGUAUUUUGAUAAACACAGAGCUAUGGCCAACGGUAUUUGCGUGAGCGGUACGGCUGCCGGUAGCUUCGUAUUCCCCAUGCUGAUCGAGAAAUUAGUGGACACAUAUGGACUGCACGGGACAGUUCUACUUUUGGGUGGUGGUAUGCUCCAUGUUUGUGUGGCUGCGUGUCUAUACCGCCCACCACCAACGCCUCGCGCGGUCACUCCCGUCACCACCACAACUACAGAAAAUACCACGCUGCUAAACGAUAUUACUGAGGGAAAAACCGCCGUGACGAAUAAAGACAACAAGCUCCAGAACCUGUUCCAACCUGAAACUGAGAUGACUAUGAAUCAUAAGAACGCUAUGCUUAAUGACGAUAAGCGAGCAAAUUUGCUCAGUGAGAUAAUACAUCCCAGUCUUAUCGAGGUUGCCCGACCACCGCUGCCAUCGCAAUACAUGUCAGAUUCCGAGGACUCUGAAGGAAUGGACGUUUUAGGAGUAGCAGUUUCAGGAUUACCGCGUGAAGUGGCACGACUAAGACUCCGUCCAACUCGAUCGUCGUCCAUAUUGCAUUCAGUUGAAGAUCUGUCGACAGACAGCACGUGUGUCUACAAAGCACGCGGCCGACAGUUGAGCCGAUCUUUAUACAUCAAGCCUCCACUACCGAGUAGAAUCAUCCAGAACAAGUUGACAGAACCGGCGAAUAUUGUGAAGAAGAUAGAAGAAGUAAAAGAAGAAAACGUAGAAGAGAAAGAACAGAAGAGAGGCUGCAUCGGAACUAUAUCGAGGUAUCUAGAUGUAUCUCUGCUGAAGUCCUGGCGAUUUGGUCUCCUGUGCGCCUCCGUUGCCCUCAUGUCCUGCGGUUCCCCAUACGCGCUGUACUAUCUACCAGCGUAUACUGUCGCUGCGGGACAUAGUAAAGCGGCCGCUGGUCACCUCGUCGCCAUCAGUGCUAUCCUGGAUCUAUGCGGCCGUCUCGGUCUGGGGUAUCUGUGCGAUUUACAUCUGUUUUGCAGGAGAAAGGCGUAUAUACUCAGCAUCCUGAUCGCAGGUAUUGCAGUCCUCUCCCUGCCGAGUCUGACGUCCUGGUGGAGUUUAGCCAUCGCAUCAGGUGCCUACGGUCUGUGUCUUGGAUGCUGGUUCCUGCUCGUACCAGUACUACUGGCUGACGCUUUCGGUACGGCGCGCAUCGCAUCCUCGUACGGUCUGGUACGGAUGUUCCAAAGUUUAGCGGCUGUCUCCGUACCACCUACUGCUGGUCUACUCCGUGACGUCACCGGCGGUUACUCUUGGUGCUUCUACGGUAUGGGCUCUUGCAUGGUGCUGGGCACCAUCCCCGUCAUCGCCUUCCAUCUCAGCACCAAGAACGAAGACUCGGAGUCGUCUGUCGAUUGAAAUAUAUUCCCCUUUACAUCUCUGUGUCGUUCUUGUAGGGAAAUUCCCGUGGUGUUAUUAUAUAUAAUUAUGAAAAAAAGAGGUGCAAUUGGCACAAAAAAAGAAAACAAAAAUCGCUCGUUUGCGACAAGGAUGACAUAUUAUAAAAAAAAAAAAUAACAAAUAAAAAAAAGCGUGUGCUUAUUAUUCACACUCGGCAGAAGUGAAACUUUUGAAAAGAGAGAUUGAGAUGGAUAUAGAGUAUCAGGAGUUUUAACCAUAUUUAUUAUUUUUUACUAAUCUUAAAAAUUAAUUAAUUGCAGAUAUUUUAAUACAUGCAAAAUAAUAAAUCCGUUAUUAUUUUGCAUGUAUUACUCCUGUCUCCGACUUCGUCUGCGUGGACUUCAGAAUUGGGU